UUUAACUAUUGUUAUCAAUCAACAAGUGGCUCAUAUUACUUUAUCAAACAGAUGGUUGCAGUGAUACUUGUGACAAUAGGGGCAAUAAUGUCGAUUAAAAACUUCAACAAUUCCUUCAAUAAUCAUCACCAACAGCUUGGAAUUGGACUUUACGCUAUUGUAUGGUUCCAAGCUCUUCUUGGCUUCCUCCGACCUCCAAGGGGAGGAAAAGCUAGAAGGAAGUGGUUUAUAGGACAUUGGAUAAUAGGAACAUCAAUUGCUAUACUUGGGAUAAUAAACAUCUACACAGGAAGUUGGGUCUAUGACAAAUCUUACCCUCUCUAUGAUUCCAAGACUUGCCCUUUCAUCGAGAGACAGUUUAACUGCAAGUCCAAUGGUCGCCCUGACAACGAGUACCUCAAGUAUCGGUGGCAACCUUCCGGUUGCAAUCUCCCCAGAUUCAACGGCUUAGAUUUUCUGGGAAGAAUAAUGAGAGGGAAGAAAUUGAUGUUCGUAGGAGAUUCACUGAGUCUAAACCAAUGGCAAUCUCUCACGUGUUUGCUCCACAACGCCGCACCAAACACCAAUUCUACAGUCACACGUUCCCCUUCUGGCCUCUCCACCUUCUCAUUCCCGGCUUACAAUUCUUCGAUUAUGUUUUCAAGAAACGCGUUUCUGGUGGAUAUAGUCGGAGCCCCACCGAAGCGAGUGAUGAAGCUCGACUCCAUCUCGAGUGGUUCGUUGUGGAAAACCGCAGAUGUUUUGGUCUUCAACUCUUGGCAUUGGUGGCUUCACACCGGCCGAAAACAACCAUGGGACGCAAUUAUGUCCGGGAAUGUAACGGUUAAAGACAUGGACCGGUUAGUGGCAUAUGAGAAAGCAAUGAUGACUUGGGCUAAGUGGAUUGAUCAAAACAUUGAUCCUUCCAAAACCAAAGUCUUCUUCCAGGGUGUUUCUCCGGACCAUGGCCGCGCAAGCGAAUGGUCGAAACAAGGUGGCAAAGGCAGUUGCAUUGGAGAAACAAAGCCGAUUAUGGGAUCGAAGUACUGGGCGGGACCACACCGAGCGGAGAUGGUGGUGGCGAAAGUGAUAAAGACGAUGAAGAAUCCGGCGCGGUUAAUGGAUGUGACAUUGAUGUCUCAGCUAAGGAAAGAUGGACAUCCUUCGGUAUACGGGUUUGGCGGUCACAAGAUGCCGGAUUGUAGCCAUUGGUGUCUCUCUGGAGUCCCGGAUAGCUGGAACCAGCUCUUGACAAUGGCAGUGGUGGAUGUUCACCGGUUCGCAGAGUCAAUCACUUGCCAUGCUUGGAGUCCUGAUCACUCCAUGGUUGCUCUCUGUCCUAACAAUACUGAAGUUCAUAUCUAUAAAUCAUUAUCUCAAGACCAGUGGGAGAGGUUACAUGUCCUCCAAAAGCAUGACCAAAUUGUUUCUGGAAUAGACUGGAGCUCAAAAUCCAACAAAAUCGUCAGUGUUUCUCAUGACAGGAACUCGUACGUGUGGAGCAUGGAAGGAGGUGAAUGGGUACCAACUCUUGUUAUUCUUAGACUAAAUCGUGCUGCACUUUGUGUCCAAUGGAGCCCGAAAGAGAACAAGUUCGCUGUUGGAAGUGGUGCUAAAACUGUUUGUAUUUGCUAUUAUGAGCAAGAGAAUAACUGGUGGGUCAGUAAACUUAUCCGGAAAAGGCAUGAAUCUUCAGUUACAUCUGUUGCUUGGCAUCCUAAUAAUAUUCUUCUGGCAACGACAUCUACAGAUGGAAAAUGUCGGGUAUUUUCAACAUUCAUCAAAGGAGUUGACACAAAGGAUUCAAAAGCAGGCUCACCAGCGGAAACUAAAUUUGGGGAGCAAAUUCUUCAGCUUGAUCUUUCAUAUUCUUGGGCAUUUGGUGUGAAAUGGUCUCCAAGUGGAAACACCUUAGCUUAUGUAGGCCAUAGCUCCAUGAUAUACUUUGUUGAUGAUGUUGGUCCUUCUCCUUUAGCCCAAAGCGUUGCAUUCCGAGAUUUGCCUCUUCGUGAUGUCCUGUUUAUUUCUGAGAAAAUGGUGAUAGGUGUUGGAUAUGACAGCAAUCCAAUGGUAUUUGCUGCAGAUGAUACUGGAAUAUGGAGCUUUAUCAGAUACAUCGGAGAGAAGAAAGCGGCAUCUUCAAAUUCCAGUUACAGUUCGCAGUUUUCCGAAGCAUUUGGAAAAUUCUACGGUAGUCAAUCGAAGUCUGCAACAGCCAGUGAUGCUUCUGAAUCACGUGGACGCGUUCAUGAUAACUGCAUAAAUUCCAUUGUGCCUCUGAGCAAAGCAGGGAGUCCUAAAGUAAUGCGAUUCAGCACUUCAGGAUUGGAUGGAAAAGUAGCCAUAUGGGAUCUGGAGAACAUGGAACAAGAACUUGGCAAUCAGUUUUAAUAAACACACAAAUAAAACAAAUCUGGAUCACAAGCAAGGUUUUACUUAAUUUGUAUAUCAGAUUUCUUUUUUGACUAAAUGCCAGCCUUUCAACUCUUUUUCCAAUUUCGUAAUUGUUUCACUUUGUAUACUACAAUAAUAAAAGGCCUUAAUUUCU